CGCUCCGAAAUUUCAAGUGUAGCCAUACCCUUAGAGACCACUUGUGGAGAAAGCUUCUUGGCUUUUCUAUUUUUGAUCAUAUAUUUGAGAGUAUAUCUUGGGUAUAGUGCUCAUAGAUGAGCCCUCAGUUUACUUUCCUGUAAAAGGGUUAUAGAAGUCACAGGACUACUGAGAGACUGUUAGAUAAGAUCAUAUUUAUUGGGGUUGAAAACCCUUCUCGCUGAAAGUGAGUGCAAAACUUGGACAUAUUAGUGGCCUGAAUGGCUAGUUGGGGAGCUAUUGGCUCAUUCCCUGGAGGUAGGAGGUGAGAGCAGAGAGUAAGGAGCAUGUGGGGAGUAGGAUAACAAAGUAGAGCACUGAGGGGGGAUUUUUGUGGGAGUGGAAAGAAAUUUAGAGCUGGAGGUAGAGAUCUUAAUGUAGAGCAGGAACAAGGAAAAUAAGGGAUGGAGGGAGAAAGCAAAAGGAAAUGGCUGAAGAUGCAAGAAGUCUCCCCGCUAACAAAGAAAAGCAAGGGUAUAAUACAAGCGUAGAGAGUCAAUGCCUGUGUAGAUGUAAUCGUCUCCGGUGUGAAGCUGUUGCAGGCACUUGGUCUUGAUCCUGGGGAUGGGAAAGAUCAUGCUAUCUUGAAUUCCAGAAAGGACCUGAAAGAAGCCUUCAUCCAUUUCAUGCAGAAGGGGGCAGCUGCUGAGCGCUUCUUCAGUGAUGCAGAGACCUUUGAUCACAUUGCACAAGCAGCCUCGGAGUACCCUGGGGCACAGCUCUAUGUAGGAGGAAACGCUGCCCUAAUUGGUCAGAAACUUGCAACAAAUCCAAACCUGAAGAUCCUUCUUUGUGGUCCAGUUGGUCCUAAACUCCAUGAACUACUUGAUGAUAAUGUAAUUGUCCCACCAGAAUCUAUGCAGGAAACUGAUGAAUUCCACCUCAUCUUGGAGUAUCAAGCAGGUGAAGAAUGGGGACAGUUGAGAGCUCCCAAUGCCAACCGCUUUAUCUUCUCCCAUGACCUAUCAAAUGGAGCCAUGAACAUGCUGGAAGUGUUUGUGUCCAGCCUGGAUGAGUUUCAGCCAGACCUUGUAGUGCUCUCAGGGCUUCACAUGAUGGAAGGGCAGAGCAGGGAAGUGCGUGAGAAGAGACUUCUGGAGGCUGUGACUUCCAUCUCUGAUAUCCCCACUGAUAUCCCCAUACACCUGGAAUUGGCCAGUAUGACUGACCAGGAUCUCAUGAGCAAGAUUAUGAAUCAGCAGGUCUUCCCCCUGGUGAACUCUGUUGGGCUAAAUGAACAGGAGCUGCUGUUCCUUACCCAGUCAGCCUCUGGUCCUCAUGCCUCCCUUGGUUCCUGGAAUGGAGUUCCAGACGUGGGCAUUGUCAGUGACAUCCUUUUCUGGAUCCUGAAGAAGCAUGGAAGGACCAUGGACAAGGCAUCUGAUCUUACCCGCAUCCACUUCCACACACUGGCCUAUCACAUUCUGGUUACAGUGGAUGGCUAUUGGGGCAACCAGAUAGCAGCUGUGGCUGCUGGAGCCAGAGUGGCAGGGACACAGGCUUGUGCAACUGAAACCAUUGAUAGUGACAGAGUCUUUCUUAAAGCUCCCUUGGAGUUCGUGACCUCCCAUACAGAGGUACCCUCCAAAAUCUCUUUAAAUCCAGGUGAUCCAGUGGCACAAUGGCACAGAGAGGGAAUCUCAUUUCAUUUCACCCCUGUUUUGGUGUGUAAAGAUCCCAUCCGGACUGUGGGACUUGGAGAUGCUAUUUCAGCUGAAGGACUCCUAUAUUCAGAACUAUACUCUCAGUAGCCUAUGGAGAUGAGACACCUUUUUCUCCAAGAAUAUAGUGUCUGAGGAAAUGUGGUGUUCUCAAGGGGAUUUCAGACAGUAUGGCUGGGGGUGGAAUUUGGGAUAUUAAACAGUCUCUGGAUAUUAUCUGAGAAGAGCCAAAGAAUACAUUCCAGCCACUUGGCAGUGACUUGAGAGUGUUUCUCAUGUUAAUGUAAAAGUUGUAGGAUUUUAAUUCGGAGACUGGCUUUUUGUCUUUGUCUUAAGCGUGUCGGGAGGAGGGAAACUGAUACCAAAAUCCCUGUUUGGAACAGAGUUGCUGAUUGUUAAUUUAAGCCAGUUGUGUCUAUAGUGCUUGAAAGCAAGGCAGCCAGACAGAAUUUCAUGCUUAUGAAUCCCAGGGAGUACACAGCAGUCUUCAGCCCCGUCUUGCUUCUGAUAAAGCAAAAAUAAAAGGCUCUUCCAU